AGAGGACCUUCACUUACCCCACAUUAUAUCCAUCACCAAGGAAAUCCAGCAGGCCAAGCAUCGCAGUUUUAUGUCCCUCAACCUUAUCCACCCGCUGGACAGCAACCAUUUGCGGUACCAAGUCAAGUUCAGGCUGGGCAACCUUCUUCCCCUCCUACUCAUCCCAUUCCAGGCUCCCCAGGAUCCAACCGUCCGUAAACAUUCCAUUUCUUCGUUAAAGUCUCGUUUUCUCUUCAUUUUUUGUUGAUAAAAGAGAUGUUGGUUUACAGUUUCCAUUUUUUUAUCCUUUCAUCUGGGAGGAGAAAUGGAAGUAAGACCGUUUGCAUUUUGCAGUACACUAGUGACCCGUGACCCAAAGUAGGUUAGUUUUCUUUUGUUUGGCUCUGGGGAAUUACCCCAUGAACAACAUUUAUCCAUUGAAAAUAGUUUCCUUUAAUGAGAACAGCCCUCAACUGAAAAUAAUUUCAUGUUUGGUUU